AUGACCACGCUACUCUUGGUUUUCGUGACUCUGCGGGUCCUCGCAGCAGCCAGAGCAGAGGAAAUGCCAGACCAUGACAACGCGCUGAGCGUGAGCAUCCCGCAGCCUUCCCCCCUGCGGGUCCUCCUGGGCUCCGCCCUCACCAUCCCCUGCUACUUCAUGGAGCCCGCGCACCCCGUGACCACCGCCCCGUUCACCGCUGCGCUCGCCCCGAGGAUCAAGUGGAGCCGCGUGUCGAAGGAGGAGGAGGUGGUGCUGCUGGUGGCCACCGAGGGCCGCGUGCGCGUCCACAGCGCCUACCGCAACAAGGUCUCGCUGCCCAACUACCCCGCCAUCCCCAGCGACGCCACCCUGGAGCUCCAGAGCCUGCGCUCCAACGACUCGGGCGUCUACCGCUGCGAGGUGACGCACGGCAUCGCGGACAGCGAGGCCACCCUGGAGGUGGUGGUCAAAGGCAUCGUGUUCCACUACCGCGCCAUCUCCACGCGCUACACGCUGGACUUCGACCGGGCGCAGCGGGCCUGCCUGCAGAACAGCGCGGUGAUCGCCACGGCCGAGCAGCUGCAGGCCGCCUACGAGGAUGGCUUCCACCAGUGCGACGCCGGCUGGCUGGCCGACCAGACCGUCAGGUACCCCAUCCACACGCCCCGGGAAGGCUGCUAUGGAGACAAGGAUGAAUUCCCCGGCGUGAGGACCUACGGCAUCCGAGACACCAACGAGACCUACGACGUGUACUGCUUUGCGGAGGAGAUGGAGGGCGAGGUCUUCUACGCCACGUCCCCAGAGAAGUUCACCUUCCAGGAAGCGGCCAGCGAGUGUCGCCGGCUGGGCGCCCGGCUGGCCACCACCGGCCAGCUUUACCUGGCCUGGCAGGGCGGCAUGGACAUGUGCAGCGCGGGCUGGCUGGCGGACCGCAGCGUGCGCUACCCCAUCUCCAAAGCCCGGCCCAACUGCGGGGGCAACCUGCUGGGCGUGAGGACCGUCUACCUGCACGCCAACCAGACCGGCUACCCCGACCCCUCGUCCCGCUACGAUGCCAUCUGCUACACAGGUGAAGACUUCCUGGACAUCCCCGAAAACUUCUUCGGACUGGGCGGCGAGGAGGACAUCACCGUACAGACGGUGACCUGGCCGGACCUGGAGCUGCCGCUGCCCGGGAACGCCACGGAGGGGGAGGCCCGGGGCAACGUGAUCCUCACCGCCAAGCCCCUCUUCCACCUCUCCCCCACCACCCCGGAGCCCGACGCCCCCUUCCCAGUCGCCCCUGAGGCCACCAGGCCCUGGGACCUUCCAGAAGAAUCCACGCCCGGGCUGGGCCCCGCCACGGCCUUCACCAGCCAGGACCCCGUGGUACAGGUGACCGUCGGGCCAGGCGCAGCCGGGCUUCCAGGACAGCCUGGCUCAUCGGGGGGGGUGGUGUUCCACUACCGCCCGGGGUCCACGCGCUACUCGCUGACCUUCGAGGAGGCUGGGCAGGCCUGCCUGCGCACGGGGGCCGUCAUGGCCUCGCCCGAGCAGCUGCAGGCGGCCUAUGAGGCGGGCUACGAGCAGUGUGACGCCGGCUGGCUGCGGGACCAGACGGUCAGGUACCCCAUUGUCAGCCCCCGGACCCCAUGUGUGGGCGACAAGGACAGCAGCCCCGGGGUCAGGACCUACGGCGUGCGGCCGUCAUCGGAAACCUACGACGUGUACUGCUACGUGGCGGAGCUUCAAGGGGAGGUGUUCUUUGUCACUCGUCUGGAGCAGUUCACCUUCCAGGAAGCCGUGGCCUUCUGCGAGUCCCAGAACGCCACCCUGGCCUCCACCGGGCAGCUGUACGCUGCCUGGAGCCGCGGCCUGGACAAGUGCUAUGCCGGCUGGCUGGCAGAUGGCAGCCUGCGCUACCCCAUCGUGACCCCGAGGCCCGCCUGUGGCGGGGACAAGCCAGGCGUGAGGACCGUCUACCUCUACCCCAACCAGACCGGCCUGCCCGACCCGCUGUCACGACACCACGCCUUCUGCUUCCGAGGUGUCUCAGUGGCACCCUCUCCGGGAGAAGACAAGCAUGGCACAGCCACACCACCCACCGGCCCCGAGGACUGGAUCGUCACACAGGUGAGGCCGGACGUGGCCGCCGUCCCCCCAGGGCUGGACAGGACCCUGGCCCCCAGCUCCACCAUCGAGCCUGAAAGCCACACUGCAUGGGAGCCAGUCGACACCUUGGUGGCCACAACCUCACCAGCAGGGACCCCUGCCACAUGGACUGCCAGUGGCCCAGAAGCAGAGGGAGCCACGGAAGGGGCCACGGAAGGAGCCACAGAAGGAGCCACGGAAGGGGCCACAGAAGGAGCCACGGGCGGACCGACUGCCACUGCCGCUGAGCCUGUGGAACCCUCUGCCUCUGAAUCUCCGGAGGGGCUGUCCUCACCGUCACCCCGCGGGACCGAGCCGCCUCCGCCGGGCUCUGGGGAGGCGUCGGGGGCCCCUGACCUCACAGGCAGCGGAGAGGCCUGGGGAGGCCCCGACGCCAGCGGCCAGCCCUCAGGGGGCAGCGGGAGCAGCCAGCCCUCCGGCGACCUGGACCUCCACGGCCUCACCUCCACGGCGGGCUCCGGGGAGGAAGACGGCGUGGAGCAGGCCGGCCGGCCGGGGGUUGGCAGUCUGCCCUCUGCAGGCCAGGGUGCGGACGGCUCCACCUCUGGAGCAGAGGACCUCAGCGGGCGGCCUUCUGGAGACGGUCUAGAGACUUCCGCCUCCGGAGUAGAGGACCUCAGUGGGCGGCCUUCUGGAGAAGAAGGUCUAGAAACUUCUGCCUCCGGACUAGGGGACCUCAGCGGGCGGCCUUCUGGAGGAGAAGGCCUAGAAACUUCCACCUCUGGAGGAUGGGAUGUCAGUGGGUGGCCUUCUGGAGGAGAAGGUCCAGAAACUUCCACUUCUGGAGUAGACCUCAGUGGAAUUUCUUCUGGAAGAGAAAAUCUAGAAACUUCUGCUUCUGGGAUAGAGGAUCUCCAUGUGCUUCCUACUGAAAAAGAAGGUCUGGAAACUUCUGCCUCUGGAGGAUGGGAUGUCAGUGGACUGCCUUCUGGAGGAGAAGGUCUGGAAAAUUCUGCAUCUGGGAUAGAGGACUUCAGUGUGCUUCCUACUGGAGAAGGUCUAGAAACUUCUGCAUCUGGAGCCGAGGACCUCAGCAGACUUUCUUCUGGAAGGGAAGGUCUAGAAACUUCUACUUCUGGAGAUGAGGACCUCAGUGGACUUCCUACUGGAGGAGAAGGUCUAGAAACUUCUGCAUCUGGAGCAGAGGACCUCAGUGUGCUUCCUACUGAAGGAGAUCUAGAAACUUCUAGUUCUGGAGCUGAGGACCUCAGUGGACUUCCUACCGGAGGAGAAAGUCUAGAAACUUCUACUUCUGGAGAUGAGGACCUCAGUGUGCUUCCUACCAGUGGAGAAGGUCUAGAAACUUCUACUUCUGGAGAUGAGGACCUCAGCGUGCUUCCUACCAGUGGAGAAGGUCUAGAAACUUCUGCAUCUGGAGCAGAGGACCUCAGUGUGCUUCCUACUGAAGGAGAUCUAGAAACUUCUAGUUCUGGAGCUGAGGACCUCAGUGGACUUCCUACCGGAGGAGAAAGUCUAGAAACUUCUACUUCUGGAGAUGAGGACCUCAGCGUGCUUCCUACCAGUGGAGAAGGUCUAGAAACUUCUACUUCUGGAGAUGAGGACCUCAGUGGACUUCCUACCAGAGGAGAAGGUCUAGAAACUUCUGCGUCUGGAGCAGAGGACCUCAGUGUGCUUCCUACUGCAGGAGGAGAUCUGGAGACUUCUGCGUCUGGAAUUGAGGACCUCAGCAGGCUGCCUUCAGGAAGGGAGGGCCUAGAAACUUCCACUUCUGGAGCCGAGGACCUCAGUGGGCUGCCUUCUGGAGGAGAGGACGUGGUAGGCUCUGCGUCUGGGGCCCCAGACUUGGGCUGGCUACCUUCAGGAACGCCAGGAAGCGGCCAUGCUCCGGAAGUGAGCGGCCCCCCCUCUGGAUUCAGUGGUGAGUAUUCUGGAGGGGACCUUGGGAGCGGCCCAGCCUCGGGCCUGCCUGACUUCAGCGGCCUCCCCUCUGGACUCCCGACGGUCUCCCUUGUGGACGCCACGCUGGUGGAAGUGGUCACGGCCACCACGGCCAGCGAGCUGGAAGGGAGGGGCAUUGUCAGCAUCAGUGGUGCCGGGGAAAUCUCUGGGCUGCCCGUCGGUGAGCUGGACACCAGUGGACUUGCUUCAGGAGCCGAGCUCAGUGGCCAUGCGUCCGGCUCUCCUGACCUCAGCGGGGAAGCAUCUGGACUCUUCGGCACUAGUGGACAGUCAUCUGAGUUUCCUGACCUGAGCGGAGAAGCGUCUGGAACUUCCGAGGUCAGUGGGCAGCUAUCAGGAUUUCCUUACGGCAGCGGGGAAGCGUCUGGAGUGAUGGAGUCCAGUGGCCUCUCCUCUGGACAACCAGACGUGAGCGGAGAAGCUUCUGGAGUUCUUUCUGGUAGUGGUCAGCCAGUUGACAGAACGGACCCGAGUGGAGAAUUCUCCGGGGCUCUCGAUCUCAGUGGGCAGUCCUCGGGGGUGGCGGGAUUCGGGGAAGCCACCCCCCGAGUCCCUGAGCUCGCCUCUGGGGCCGUGAGCGGCAGCGGUGAAUCUUCUGGCAUUGUGCUCGUGGACACCAGUUUGGUGGAGGUAACCCCCACUCCGUCUAAAGAGGAAGAAGGCUUGGGGUCUGUGGAGCUCAGCGGCCUCCCCUCUGGGGGGCUGGAUGGCAGUGGACAUUCUUCUGGAACAUUCGACUCCAGUGGGCUUCCAUCACGGGCUCCGGAAUUCAGUGGCCUCCCGAGCGGUGUGGCUGAGGUCAGCGGCGACUCUUGGGGGGCCGAGGCCGGGAGUGGGCUGGCGUCCGGCCUCCCCACCGUCUCCCUAGUGGACAGAACCUGGGUGGAAUCUAGAACCCAGGCCCCUACUGCCCAGGAAGCUGGAGAAGGGCCCUCGGGCAUGUGGGAGCUUGGCGGGGCGCACUCCGGAGAACAUUCUGGAUCUGUGGACCUCAGCAGGCUGCAGCCGGGACGGGAAGCCAGCGGCAGCGACCCACCGAGCCCUCCCGAUUCCAGCGGGGACUUUUCCAGCCCCGCCGCCGCUGAUCUAAGUGGCGACUCCUCAGGCCGCGCAAGCGCCAGCGGAGACGCCUCGGGGUCCCCGGACGUCACCUGGAUCGCUUCCGAGUUGGUGGAGGGCAUCACCGAGCCAACCGUUUCCCAGGAGCUCGGCCGGGGACCCCCCGCGACACACACACCACGGGCCUCUGAGGCCAGCGGGGAGGUCCCGGCGUGGAGUGGAGCCACACCAGCCUUCUCUGGGGCCGGGGUAGAAACUUCUGUGACCCCUGAAGCCAGCGGCGGGUCAUCUGCCUAUCCUGAGGCCACGGUGAACCCCGAGGCCAGCGGCGAAGCGCCGUGGUCCACCCCCGCUGCCUUCCCAGAAGCUGGGCUGGCCAGUGCCUCAGGCCUGGGUGCCAGUGGCAGCCCUUGGGCCUUUCAGGAAGGUUCUGGAGAGGGAACAGCCGGCCCAGAAGUAAACACAGAGGUCACCACCGGCUACGAUGUGGACACAGAGGCACGAGUAGCUCCCUCUGCUUCUGGAGACAGGACCGAGAUCAGCGGAGACCCGUCUGGUCACACCUCAGGCCCGGACACGGACAUCACCGCCAGCAUCGUGGAGUUUGAGCAGCCAACAGAGGGCCCAGCAGAGGCGCAUCUGGAAACCGAGUCCCUGAGCCCCUGGCAGACAGAGGACCAGACCCAAACCUCCAACACGGCCGCUGCCCCAACAGAUGCCUCCAGCCCUACUUCUCGAACACAGGGGUCAGGGGAAGCAGAGUGGACCGAUGAAGACGUGGAUGAAUGCCUGUCAAGCCCUUGUGUGAAUGGAGCCACCUGUGUGGACGCCGGCGCCUCUUUCACAUGCUUAUGCCUUCCCAGCUACCGAGGGGACCGGUGUGAGAUCGACCAGGAGGUGUGUGAGGAAGGCUGGACCAAGUUCCAAGGUCACUGCUACCGCCACUUCCCCGACCGCGAGACCUGGGUGGAUGCGGAGAGGCGGUGUCGCGAGCUGCAGGCUCACCUGAGCAGCGUGCUCACUCAGGAGGAGCAGGAGUUCGUCAACAAAAACGCCCAGGACUACCAGUGGGUCGGCCUGAAUGACAGGACCAUUGAAGGGGACUUCCGCUGGUCAGAUGGACACCCCCUGCAAUUCGAGAAGUGGCGUCCCAACCAGCCGGACAACUUCUUCGCCGCGGGCGAGGACUGCGUGGUGAUGAUCUGGCACGAGGCGGGCGAGUGGAAUGACGUGCCCUGCAACUACCACCUGCCCUUCACCUGCAAGAAGGGCACGGUGGCCUGCGGUGCGCCCCCCGCGGUGGAACAUGCCAGGACCCUGGGCCAGAAGAGAGACCGGUACGAGAUCAACUCCUUGGUGCGGUACCAGUGCACCGACGGCUUCGUCCAGCGCCACGUGCCCACCAUCCGCUGCCAGCCCAGCGGGUACUGGGAGGAGCCGCGUGUCACCUGCACAGACACCACCACCUACAAGAGCAAACGGCAGAAGCGGAGCUGGCGGCCGACAGCCCGGCACAGCCUGCCCAGGGCAGCGCACUGAGAGAAGCUUCCAGAACAUUGUCGUACCCAGGAUGCUGAGCCCAGGGGCCUCCCCCACCCAGACAGCAUCCUCUCCCGGUUGCUUCUUGUCUUAUAAGGAAUCCCAUUAAAGAAGGAAACACGAAAUCCGACAUCGCGUAUGCCCACCCCACCGCCAUGCCCCCCAAAACUGCAUCUAAUUUGUCCCCCCACCAAAAGCCAAAGCCAAGCAAAUUCACUGUUAACCCAGAGACUGGGGUGAGAGAAAUUCUGCAGUCUGUCCAUCCGUCCAUCCGCCCACCGUGCCUUUCCAAGAACCAGCACAGGGACAGGAGAGCAGGGAGGGGUUAAGUUAAAUAAAGAAGAUUAUUUUUUUGUUCCCGGACUUCACCCCAGCCCCAUUGGGUCGGUCUUUGUUUGCCCGCC